AUGAUUCCGAUUGCUCGAAUUAUAUGGCGACGGGUCAGUUUCGACGGAUCAGUAACCGAAACAGUUAAUGAUGGAUUAAUGUCCAGAGAUAUGUCUCGGUGGAAAAUUGGCCAAGGAAAGCAGACUAAUUCUAUCAGAUUGGAGAUUUUAGUUGUUGAUGAAACUUAUGCUGGGCAUUACACAUGUGAUUGUCAAUAUACUGGUUCAGUUGAACCAGCAAGGGCUGAACGCAUACUGCGGGUAGUAUCUCAAGCAAAAGUAUUGCCUUUUCAGUCAUCAUAUACAACUACCGUUACCGAAGGUGAUCGGAUGGUACUUCGCUGUCAAGCCGCUGGAAUUCCCACUCCGGUCACAUAUUGGACUAGAACUGGCGGAUCUAGUAGUAUCAUUCGUAACUAUGGCAUAAGUAAACCAGGGGAGACUAUUGAAUUCACUUCCGUUUUGCCACAAGACGCCGGAGAGUAUAUGUGCAUGGCAGAAAAUAGACUGGGUGUCGAUUAUUGGCCAGUCAUAGUUGCUGUUCGACACAAGCCAAUAUCGAAGGUAUAUGUUAGUGUACCAAUAAUUCAGAAUCCAUGCAAUGUCCAUCUCUACUGUGAAGUUUUGGCUAACCCUGCUUCAGAUGUAACAGAAAUUUCAUGGAGCGUUGGAACUCCACCAACUGUAAUUCUUCCCAAUAGUCGAAUUCAACUCGUCUAUUUGAACGGAGGAAAUACUAGAUUCUUGGUGCUCAAUUUUAAUCCAAUAUUGCGGUCCGAUUUGAAUAAAACGUAUGUCUGCAAUGCUCAUAAUUCUCUCGGAAACGUGGUAACAGAAUAUAUUUUAAACGAAUCAUCUAUUGCAACCGAGGGUACAUUUGCUGAACUGAAGUGCCAGGGAUGUAGUCUACGAAUCGAUUUGUUUAUGCUCUGCUUGAUUUUGUUUUUGCACAUUCAGAAAUGGACAUGUGGGUUAAAUUGCUGUAUUUAUAAUGUUUUGUGUAUAAUUAAGGAUUGCACAAAGUGCCGAACUUAUUUCCUGAGCCUUAAAUCUAUAUUUGGAAGGGCUAAUAUCUUAUACGCUGAUUUUGACAUUGAUCCUAUUCCUUUCCCGACUCAACACAUCCGUUCUUUUGCACCACUCCUAUCCAAUGAAGCCUUUCAAGAUAUUAGAAGUGGACCAAAUAAUAAUCUCGCCGAUAGUCUCUUACGUGAACGUAUGCGGUGUGGGACUUUUAAUCCCUCGGAUGUUAAAUUGGACCCCCAGACGGGCACUUUUCUUAUUUCUGUUUCUGGGAAACUUGUUCAAUUCACGGAUCACAGCUGGUGUUCUCCUUCAGCCCAGCCAUCCAAAUGUUCCUUGAGUAUUCUUGCGAGUGAUGAAUCAGUGGUCCAACCAAUCGUAUGUCCAUUCAAUGCCACUCUUAUUGCCUAUGUGACUGAAAAUAAUAUAGCAGUUUCUCAUUCCCUCGCCUCCAAUUUCAUUCACCUUACGAAUAUUACAGACCCAAAAGUCACCGCAGGUACGCCUGCCUUUGUGAUUCAGGAAGAAUUCGAUCGAUAUGUUGGCCUUUGGUGGUGUCCAAAACCCAAUUCCAAGGGCGAAUAUAGUCUAAUCUAUGAGAAAACGGAUUCGAAUGGCGUGGGUACGGUUAGACUGCCGAACUUUGCCUCGUGGAGCGAGGAGGUGGAAGAACACGUCUAUCCCAAGCCUGGUACGAAAAAUGCUACCUCCGAUUUGGUAUUGGUCACUUUCAGCGUGGACAAGCAGAACUCCGAGAUUGCUAAUGUGCAAUCGCACAACCUGCCCUCCCCUCUAUUCGAAAUCCUCCCCCAAUACGAGUACCUUGUUCGCUGUGAUUGGACCAGUGAUGGCAAUUAUUUUUGGAUGAUUUUAUCGAAUCGACUACAAACGAAAAUGAGCCUCUUCUUGGUGUCCCCACGGUCCUUCUACGAGGGCGAAUGGACGCCAUUUAUUCAUUUGAGGGAUGAAGAGGAUGCGACAUAUUGGGUUGAGGUUCACGAUUGCCUUCACUUCCUGAACACUGACCCUGAGUCUGUCCAUUACAUAUGGAUGAGCCGACACACUGGAUAUGCCCACCUCUACAUCUGUCAUCAAAGUAUUCCACAGAAUGUAUCAUCAUCGUCUGUUGUCCCACAGCACGCGGAAACCGUUUCUGAUUGCCCUCUAACGCAUGGCGCUUGGGAUGUCCUAAAUAAUCAUAUAUUCGUGGACCAUGCGCGCAAUCUAGUACUUUUCGAAUCUUAUCAGGAAGAUCCCCUGUUUCUUAACAUUUACGCCGUCAACUACAGCCAAAAAGAGGCCAAAAUUCAUCGUCUGACUUCAUCGCGAAUUUGGCUUCGGUUUUUUGGUUCCGAGUUGGAACCAGAAACCGAUAUAGAUAAACUCUACUACUCCAUCCUCAACUACGAAGAAUCCUCGGGGCUUUGCGCAAUAGAGGCUUCUAAUCCUGGCCUCCUUCCCGGACAAAUGCUCUUUCGGCUAUUUGUUGAGGAUGAUGGUACCCCGAACAGCGCAACUAAAAUCUUUGCUUUCACAAUUUUGUUAGAUAACGUGCAUGAUAUCCUGCAACAAUCGCUCCAAGUCCCCACGGGUCCACGUGUAAUGUCGUAUACCUUUCAAGAUGCCUCCGAUACUAUAACUUACUACGGAAUGCUUUUCACUCCUCAACCUUCAACCAAGCCUCCUCAAGGAUUUCCAACCUUGCAUUUAGUCUAUGGCGGUCCUGGUGUUCAAAUCGUCCGUGGUCUUUGCUUGAAGAAUUUGUUCUUGAAAGCUCAGCUCUACUGCCAUUAUGGUUAUGCAGUAUUUAUGUGUGAUUGUCGAGGAUCAUCAAACAGGGGUAGUAAAUUUGCUGGUUACAUAAAGCAUAAUUUGGGAUCAGUAGAACUACCGGAUCAUAUAAUGUUUCUUCGGGAGGUAGCCGGACAAAGUGGUAGCAUCGAUCUCAGCCGAGUUGCAAUUCAUGGAAGCUCUUACGGGGGUUAUUUGUCUCUAAUGGCUGCAGCAAAACAUAGGGACGUCUACAAGGCUGCGAUAGCCGCCUCCCCAGUCGUUAGCUGGCAACACUAUGAUACCGCGUAUACAGAGCGCUAUCUUGGUCUUCCAAGUGAAAAUGAUGCUGACUACAGGAAAGCUAAUGUCUUGACCUAUAUCGAGAACUUCCCCGAUUUCGCGCCAUAUCUAAUGAUCGCUCAUGGUGGAAAGGACGAAAAUGUUCAUUUCGCCCACACCGCGAAUCUCAUACAGGAAUUAAAUACUCAUGGCAAACCCUACGAAUUAAAUUUCUAUCCAACAUCCAGGCAUCGAAUCCGUGAGGAUGAUCACUUGACCGCCUCGAUUAUUCAAUUUCUUGACAAAGUACUUCGCAGUUGA